AAACAGCAACAGCACAUUGUCUAGUUUUCUUCCCUUCAGGAACAGUACCUCAGUGGACAGGGUACCAAGUACCGGAUCUGCUUGCCACUCAAUGGAUGAUGAAUAAGCACUAAACCAACAAAGACUUUUUCGGGCAGCAACAGCAGCGUCCACGCUUCUCCAACUCAGAUAUAGUCUAUUAGUCUUCGUUUCUGUUGAAAAUCUGCAUUUAAUACUAUCCUAUUUUUGUUUCAAGCGCUACAUUUUUUAGUCAAUCUCUGGUCCGGCAACAAACCCCCGCGCGGUUGUGCUUUCCAUAUUUGGCAACUAACGUCAUACAAGUCUGCCCACAAUUUCUGGAUGGAAACUUUACAGAAACAGUGUGUGAAAGUGCUUAAACACUAUUUGGAAUCAUCUUAAGGCGCAACACUGGGGUAACCACGGUGAAAGGAGGAUCCGCUUAUAGAGAUCGCAAAUGACGGCGACCUUAAACGUACUGUACAUUGGAGACAACAACUCUACCGAGGUUCUGGAUUAAAGUCAUUCCGGAAUAUCCUGACAUUGCCACGAGAACACUGAAAACCGUGAAGCGGGCUUCUUUUACUCUCCCAUCACACCUAGAUGGGACCAUUUCAUCUCAACGAAACAAGCUAAGGCCUUCCACUGGUUCAGCGGAUGAAAAGAUGCACCCAACCUGAGUUGCUCUCAAUGAUCUCUCCAAUCUAUAAGCCUUGACCACCACCAUGUUGUGCCGACGACGUCUGAAGCUUUUAGUAGCAUCUUUAACGACUAUGGUGCUGCUUACUGGGCUCUACCUUCUAUCUGGAAACUUGGAGAAUGGUUGGACCCUGUUUCUUCCUCCCUGUUUGGCUGACACACCUGUCUCUCAAUUCUUGGACCGAGCCAUUCUCGAGUCACGGGUUAGAGAAGUGGAAGAAGAGAACAGACAAAUCAGACUACAGCUUAGCCAGUCACAGAGCACUGAUACCCAGUCAGCCGAGAGAAACUAUGGCAACCAGCAGUGGGGCACCUCUGCUGACAUUGGACCAGAGGAUGGGGACAACACAGCUGAGGAGAGGAAUAAUCACACUGACUGUCCAAGAUUGCCUACCGUCCACAAGUGUGAGGUAAUUCAUGUUGCCUGCGUUUGUGCUGGACACAACGCCAGUAGAGAAAUGGUUACACUAGUCAAGAGUGUCCUCUUUCAUAGGAGAAACCCUCUUCAUUUUCAUUUUAUCACUGAUGCUGUGGCCAAACAAAUUUUGAGCUCCUUGUUUCAAUCCUGGAUGGUCCCGUCUGUGCAAGUUAGCUUUUAUGAUGCAGAAGAACUCAAGUCCAAGGUUUCUUGGAUACCAAACACGCAUUACUCAGGAAUUUAUGGCUUGAUGAAGCUGACUCUAACCAAAGCCCUGCCACUUGACCUGCAAAAAGUUAUUGUCCUGGACACAGACAUCACAUUUGCGACUGAUAUUGCUGAGCUCUGGGGUAUUUUCAGAAAGUUCACAGACAAACAGGUUAUUGGUCUUGUGGAAAACCAGAGCGAUUGGUACCUUGGAAACCUAUGGAAAAAUCACAAACCGUGGCCUGCACUUGGCCGAGGCUUCAACACAGGUGUCAUUCUCCUAUACCUGGAGCGGUUGCGACAAAUCAGAUGGGAGCAAAUUUGGCGUCUGACAGCAGAGAGAGAGUUAAUGAGCAUGCUCAGCACAUCUCUUGCUGACCAGGACAUCUUCAAUGCAUUCAUAAAGCAGAAUCCAGUCUUAGUCUAUCAGCUGCCCUGUUUCUGGAAUGUUCAGCUGUCCGAUCACACUCGCUCUGAACUGUGCUACACUGAGGUUUCCGAUCUCAAGGUGAUCCACUGGAACUCUCCAAAGAAGCUUCGUGUGAAGAAUAAGCAUGUAGAGUUUUUCAGGAAUCUUUACCUGACAUUUUUGGAGUAUGAUGGAAAUCUGCUGCGGUGGGAACUGUUUGGCUGUUCGAGUCAGGCAAGCCCUGAAAGCAUCAAGUUGCAGACUGCUCUGGAGGAGCUGGAUGAGGACGAUCAGUGUUAUGAGUUCCGCCGUGAGCGGCUCACUGUUCACAGAGUCCAUCUUUACUUCCUGCAAUAUGAAUACACACCCACAGAAGAUGAGAAUGAUGUCACUCUCGUGGCCCAACUCUCCAUGGAUAGGCUGCAGAUGCUGGAGGCCAUUUGCAAGCAUUGGGAAGGACCCAUCAGCCUGGCGCUGUACAUGUCUGAUGCAGAAGCUCAGCAGUUCCUACGCUUUGCUCAAGCCUCGGAGGUCCUGAAAAAACGUAAGAAUGUCGGCUAUCACAUUGUUUAUAAGGAGGGCCAAUUCUACCCCGUCAACCUGGUGAGGAAUGUUGCCAUGAAGAAUGUAAACACUCCCUACGUUUUCUUGACGGAUGUGGACUUCUUACCAAUGUAUGGUCUCUACAAUUAUCUUAGAAAAACUGUCAUGCAAUUGGACAUGGCAAAUAAUAAGAAGGCUUUGGUGGUUCCAGCUUUUGAGACACUGCGUUAUCGCUUGUCCUUCCCCAAAUCCAAAGCAGAGCUACUCUCCAUGCUGGACAUGGGGACACUCUAUACUUUCAGGUAUCACGUGUGGCCUAAAGGCCAUGCCCCUUCCAACUAUGCAAAAUGGAGGACAGCCACCACACCAUAUAAAGUUGACUGGGAGCCCGACUUUGAACCUUACGUUGUGGUGAAACGACAUUGUCCGGAAUAUGAUCAACGCUUUGUGGGUUUUGGCUGGAACAAGGUUUCCCAUAUCAUAGAGCUGGAUGCGCAGGAGUACGACCUUAUGGUUCUACCAAAUGCUUUCAUGAUCCACAUGCCCCACGCCCCCAGCUUUGAUAUCUCCAAGUUUCGCUCGAGCUCUAGCUACCGCAAUUGCUUGAACACCCUCAAGGAGGAGUUCCACCAGGACUUAUCCAGGAAGUAUGGCUCAGCCGCUCUCAAGUACCUUACCGCCCAAAGGAGCAUCUAAACUGUCAGAGACACCUUUUCAUAAGAUGCAGAGCUCUGACAUACCUUGAUUUGAUGCUCAGCCAUGACCAGCACCAAAUUGGGAACAUGAUGAUAAAGCUUUCCAGCUCCUUUUAGACAUUCUAGGUUCGCUGUGCUGAAUUGGCUAGAUGGAACUAAAGGUGGAUGCACUAGUAUGCAAGAUUCAAUGGGCAGCUCCAGCGUUGAACUAGCUUUACAGUGUGAUUGAAAAUAAUGAUAUGAUUUAUUUGGACAAUCAGGGAUAUUUCAGGUUGCGAUGAUACUGUGUACUCAUAUAUAUCUGGAAACCAAAUUCGAGGAAACAGCAGAGAGGCAAAAAGAGAGCUUCAUUCACAUUGAAAACUUUUACUGGGUGUGGAGUUUAUUUUUUCGUAUUUACAAGAUGUGUAAUAUGUUUCUUUUUUACAAAGUAAAUAUAAACUGAAUACAGGUAACAAAUAUUGGCAAUCUGGUUCAUUGAUUAUUUUGAGACGUUUAAUAUUACCGUAUUUUUCGGACUAUACGUCGCACCUGAGUAUAAGUCGCACCAGCCAAAAAAUGUGCAACAAAAAGGAAAAAAACAUAUACUGUAUAAGUCACACCGGAGUGUAAGUUGCAUUUUUAAGGGUGAAAUUUAUUUGAUAGAAUCCAGCACCAAGAACAGACAUGUCAUCUUGAAAGGCAAUUCAAAAUACAAUAGAGAACAACAGGCUGAAUAGGUGUACGGUAUGCUAAAAUUACAUGACACUAGAAGUUAGAUCGGGCCUAAAAAAUCCAACCCGGGUAUUAAAGCCCGACGCAGCCCGAGCCCAAUCAAUUAACUUAAUUUGCUUGCCCGAGACCGAAAAAACCCUAAAUUUUAUGUUUUAUUUGUAGGCACGAGCCCGAAAAAAAAAAAAAAUGAAAUUUUAUGUUUUAUUUGUGAGGGCUCAGGUGAAGGAGGAAAUGCGGGGAUGCGAUGCAUGGUUGUGUUUUGUGUGAUCACGUUUGUGACGAUGCAGGUGCAUAUAUGAAUAAUGAUAAUAAAUGAAAGCCUGUCUUUUGUAACGAAUUCUCCCAGUAAAAAGAGACUGUAAGAUGGAUGUUCGAUAAAUAUUUAUAUCUUUUAUAUUUGCGUGUCUGUUCUAACAGGAGGAUAGUGGAUUUGAUCUUUAUUUUAAUCUCCUUGAGUUUGCAGAAAAAAAACAAGAAAACAAGAAAAAGUUCUCUCAAUGUUUACAUAGUCUACAUAUUUAUAUGAUCAUUAUAAAUGCAUUUACACAACGAAAUAACGCUGGAAAAGUUUGUUAAAUAUAUUUCUCGUAUGAGACCAAAGCGCCACAUUCAUUUACAUUCAGCGAAGCCGACACAGGUUUCUGUAUCUUCAACAAUCAAUUUGAAUCCUUUCCAUAUCCCACACCUACCGCAGUUGUUUGCUUUUCAAUUCCCCUGUGUUUAGUUUGUUUUUCACUCCUAUAGCUACUCCAUAUCGAACAGGAAAUACCAGGAUGCUCGCGGAGGGCGGGGAAGAUUGAAAAGAGAGCGGGGUCACUGCGUUCACGUGCGCUGGCAUGCACAGCGCCUUCUCUGUUUUAUCCAAAUUAUUUAUUUUAUUUAACAUCCAUACGUCGUUUUAGUAUAAAUAUAUAUAUAUAUAUAUAUAUAUAUAUAUUUUUUUUUUAAUUUAACGAGAGAGAAGUCGGCCCGACCCGACCGUAAAUAAUCACACGUAAGUCGCACCACAGUCUAAGACGCACCCUCUGCCAAACAAUGAAAAAAACUGCGACUUAUAGUCCAAAAAAUACGGUUCCCAUCAAAAGCCUGCUUAAUCAAUUUUCACUCUUGGCUUCAGCCACACAUUGUAACUCUACAGACUCCUAAGUAUUCUUCAUAUGGGUUUUCCCGUUUGCCUUUGGAUCACUUUGCAAAGUUGCCUCAGCAGCCGCAGUGCAAAAUCAUAGGGUCACUUUACAUUUAAAGAAAAGUAUGAAUAAUUAGCUCAUUAUUAGGGUGAAUUAAUACACUAGACCAGUGGUCUCAAACCGGUCCUCAAAGGGCCGCAGGGGGUACUGGAUUUCAUUCCAACCAAACGAGACAAAUACCUUUUCACCAAUCUGGUUUCUUACAAGUGUAAUCAGUUGAUUGCAAUCAGGUGCUGCUUAUGUUAGUAGAAACCUCAUUGGUUGAACUGUUUGUGCUGGAUCUGUUGGAACAAAAACCAGGACCCACUGCGGCCCUUUGUGGAGUCGGUUUGAGACCGCUGCACUAGACAAAGCACUAGUGAUUGGGACUAACUCAGAAUGGACAUUAUUAUUGUCCAAAAGCUGCAUAUAAUUGAUAAGUAGAUACUUCAUUUUGUGUAUAUUUUGUACUACUGUCUAAUUCACUGAAUAUGUGUAAUCUACUGAAGCCUUCGAAAAAUAUUUGUAAAGUGCAAGUCCAAAUACAAAGCAGAUCAGACACUAAUCAUCAUUUAAAAACAAGUGUUUUCCCUUCCUUCAACCAUAUCUUUCUCAUCAGUGGGGUAUUGCACAAAACUAGGAUAAAGGAUUAAGUCAGGGGCGUCACAAGACUUAAUACGAUACUGCAGCACAGCAGGGCCCUGGCGAGCAAGAUUUGUAUUUUUUUUGCAUUUAUCAUUUAAAGACAGAAAUUGUACUGUAAACUAUCUAUAAUAAAACCAAAAUAUAUGUUUCUGUAAAAAAGUGACUUUUUUGUUUGUACUGGGUACACUAACACAUACAGUGCCUUGCAAAAGUAUUCGGCCCCCUUGAAUCUUGCAACCUUUCGCCACAUUUCAGGCUUCAAACAUAAAGAUAUGAAAUUUAAUUUUUUUGUCAAGAAUCAACAACAAGUGGGACACAAUUGUGAAGUGGAACAACAUUUAUUGGAUAAUUUAAACUUUUUUAACAAAUAAAAAACUGAAAAGUGGGGCGUGCAAUAUUAUUCGGCCCCUUUACUUUCAGUGCAGCAAACUCACUCCAGAAGUUCAGUGAGGAUCUCUGAAUGAUCCAUUGUUGUCCUAAAUGACCGAUGAUGAUAAAUAGA